UGCGCCACACAAGUCACUUGAUUUGUGUGUGGGUUGUGAUAUUAUUUGGGUGUUCAAACAGUAGUAGGUGGUUUUCUGAAGGGGACACAUCCGGAACAUUCUACCUAAAGGUCUGAUCUAUACGACGGAGGAGUAACAUAACUAGAUGCAGUCUCAUGGUAGCCAGUGACCAACGAUCGGUUCAUCCCUAUUUUUCCCUUCAAGAUACUGGAGCCGAUGUGCACCAUUGAUUUGGAAUGAGGGUUCACCGACUUCCCUAGAUAAACCGUUCGUAUCCACCAACCCGGCUAAAACGUCGGAUAUUGAAUUUUCGUUCUCUCAAUUGCGAAAACAACACUGUUGUCGCGAGAACGGAGUGAUAGGAGUUUGUUGACAGUGUCUGUAUACGCGUGGCCAUGUGGUAGAGGUGACUUUUCUCACCCUUGGUCGUACCAGAGCAUUCGGGGGCUAACGUUAACAAUUUUAUUCGAUUUCCCUAACGACCCUAAAUCCAUAUACUGUAAUUUCAUAUCAUACAAUUUGCUUGAAACUUGCCUAUUGCUUUUAAUCAAUUAUUUAGAUUUAUGAUCAUAAAAUCAAAUGUGAACUGACUGAGAAGAAUAGCCUCUGUUCGAAUAUCAUGUAUCUUCAUUGUAAGAUGAAUGUUCAAACUGUCAGAAUACCUCUACUGGUGACAAACAUCUUAUUCUUUGUAUAUGGAAGUUGAUUAGUUGUUACCUAUAAUAGUAUUUAUGAUGUGUAGACAUUUAUUUUGGUUGUCUUCCACCUUUGUCUGAUUAUAGACCGUAUUUGUUCGCCAUUUUUCUUUACAGUUAUUAAUCCAAACGCAGUUCUGUUAAUGAACUAACAUCUCCAAUCCCAAGUGAAUUCUAUUUUUCUAGUUCUCUUUUCGCUGCAUUGGUUCAGUAUUUUACCGAUAUACCUAUUAUCUUAAUUAUCCAUGUAUAUUGAAAUAUACAGAGGUAUUCCAUUGCAUCUAACAAACUAUCUAAUAGUUUAAAAAUCCUCAUAGAUAGUUUAAAAAUGAACAAUAUUUGAGCGAACAAUUGUUUCUGCAAUAACUUCAUCAUCAGGCUCCACAGUUAUAAGUCCUCAUAAUUAUUGUGAUAUUUUACAAAGUCCAAAAUGAGGCAUGUAUUAAUGAAUUUGACAAUGUUAUAUGUUAAAAAUGGUAAACGUUUGCAUCUGCUAUUACGACAUAUAUCCUUUAAAAUUGUGUUAUUUGUAAAUUAGAAAGGUCAUUUUUGAAUUAUCCAUGGGGAUUUUUAAACUACUAAAAUCCAGUGAGCACCCAGUUGCACUGAAGGGACUCAACGAAUUCUUGAAGUAUAGUGCGAAACUCACAGAAGCGAAAACCAAUCUUGAUUUUAUUCGUAAUUGCACUGUUACACACAGAUAUCCGAAAGCCUAUUGCAAAUCCUUACGACAAUGUAAAAUUAAACCUAAUAUCAAAUCACUGAAAAGAUAUGCGCUCAGUCAAAUCGAAUCUCUUCAAGCAUAUACUGUAGAAUUAGAAAGGAAUAUUGCACAGCGAUUAUAUGCCGUUGAAGAUCUUCCACAAAACUUAAAGGAUUCAUUUAUGACUUAUGUCCUAGAAGUACAAAAAACAAGGGAAAACAAAAAGAGAAUCGACCUAAUCAAAGGACUAGACAACCAGAUAUUUAAACCGGAUUUUCCAGACGACUGUAAGCGGUAUGUUUUUAACUUUUCCUCUGUUAAUCUCGAUAGGACUGAACCAGAGGUUUUAUCAUCAGGUCCUAAGUUUUGUGAUAGUCGUAGACAUGUGGAUCAUCUGAAGACUGAUGUCCAGUUUGAAAAUCUAUUUACCCAGACACAAGACCUUACACCCACGACAAAAGUAGAACAUGAAAGGUUCAAAACCACGCUGGUUGACUGCUGUAACCAAUUUAAAAGCAACAAGCAUUAUACAAAUAGUAUAUUGACUGAUAAACAUCGCGAAGUUAUCCGGAAACUAAAAUUGAAUGAACACACUCUUAUCACUAAACCUGAUAAAGGAUCCGGCACCGUAAUUCUAAACAAAACAGACUACAUAGAUAAGAUGAAUAACCUACUGCGUGAUCAAACUAAAUUCCAAAAGCUUGGUUCAUGUAAAGACCACAAUGAAAAGACUGAACGCCAACUAACUGAGGCAUUAAAAUUUUUAAAACAACAUCAAUACAUCUCUGAGCAUACCUAUAAUGAGCUCAAGCCUUCUGGAACAUAUACUCCUCGACUCUAUGGCCUACCUAAGAUUCACAAACCUGAGGUUCCUUUACGCCCAAUUUUGGACAUGUCAAACUCACCAUACCAUUCAACAGCAAAAUGGUUAGUGAAAUUAUUGGAACCAUUACACCAAGAACUGGUUAACCACAGUGUUAAAGACGUGUUUAAAUUUGUGGAUUCAAUAAAAAAUAGGAAUAUAAAUGGUAAAACCAUGCUAUCACUAGACAUAGCAUCUUUGUUCACUAACAUCCCCCUGAUUGAAACUAUCGAUUACAUAUGUGAACAAGUGGUAGAAAAGAAAAUAGGGAUACCGAUUCCAAUAAAUAAAUUGAAAGAACUCCUGUUGAAAUGUACUAUGAAUAUCUACUUUAAGUUUAACAAUGAAUUUUACAGACAAGUAGAUGGAGUAGCAAUGGGAUCACCACUAGGCCCGAUCCUUGCUGACAUUUUUCUGGCCAAACUGGAAAAUGGACAGUUAAAAGACACCUUAAGUAAGUUAUACUACUACUGUCGAUACAUAGAUGACACACUAAUCGUAUGCGACGAAAUGGUUGACAAACAGGAGAUGUUAGACUUUUUCAAUAACGUCCACCCAGUUAUUCAAUUCACCAGCGAAGAAGAGAAAGACAAUAGUAUAGCUUUCCUCGACGUCCUACUUUCUAGAAGGAGAGAUGGUUCCAUUAAACGAAAUAUAUUUAGAAAGAAUACAUGGACGGGUCAGUAUACCCAUUUCCAAAGCUUCACUCCUCUUCAGUAUAAAAUAAAUUUGGUUAAAUGUCUCAGUCACAGAAUCAAGCUAUUAUGUUCUGAGGACACUGUUGAGAGUGAAAUAGAUAUACUGAAAAAUACAUUGCGAAGGAAUGGCUACCCGGAUAAGUUCGUUAAGAAAUACCUAGUAGAAAGUACUGUUAAAAUAAGAAGAAAUUGUGAAACAGUGAGUAAAAAAACCUUGUAUUUGAAACUGGACUUCAAAGGUGACAUAGCGAGUGAUAUUCUAACACGCCGAUUGAAAAGAUCGGUUGAAAGGACGUUUUACGCCGCUAAGCUACACGUCACUUUCUCAACUAAACCAGUACUCACACAAUUAAUCAAGGAUAAGUUACUGAAGAUGGGCUCUUCCAUGUGUGUAUACCAAUUCAACUGCUCCUGUGGAGCUAGUUACAUAGGCCGUACUCAGAGGGCUUUAUCCUUGCGUAUUCGUGAACAUGUACCAGCAUGGUUGGGAAAAGGAGUCACUAAAUCCAUUAACAGCGCCAUCCUUUCUCACUUGGUAGACAGUGAACAUCAUAUCAAAAUAGAAGAAGCCUUCUCUGUUUUAUAUCAAAUUCCGAAAACUCUACCUCAAAGAGCUAGAUUACGAUUACUUUACAGAGCCGAAGCCAUCUGGAUCAACUCUAGAAAACCAAACUUAUGCAUCCAAAAAAGUAUAUCCAGCCACUAUGUUUACCUUGUCCUACGACUGGAUCACCGGUUUCCUAAACUAAAUAUUAUAAACCUCCCCUUUUUUUCUUUUUCUUUGUUGAUCACCUCUAUCUUAAUCUUCACAUCCAUCAUUCCCAAUUCCUUUAUCGUAAUUAUUUUGAUAACAUCCCCCUUUUAUUACAUAUUAUAUUCACACAACAAUCUUAUUAUUAUUACUAUUACUAUUUAUCAUUAUUAUCUCAAUUGACAAGAUGAAGUUCAGAGGGGGUUUUGUGGAGAAUU